AUGGUGCUCGCGAAUUUUGCAACCAUUUGUGUCAUUCCGGCUCAGCACCACCUUUUGGAAGACUCACUCAUGAAACCAUCGAAAUUGUUGGUCGCUUUGGUCUCGUGUCUAGGCGUGACGCUGGCUAUCCCUUCAAGGCUUGCCCACAUCAUCGACUCCAACCUGACCGGAGCAUCCAACAUCUCCAAUCCUCUAAGUGGGGUUCUCCCAGUUGACUCUGUUUCCAGUCACCUUUCAGAAACCUCAAGGCUUUUGGGGUACUUAGUGGAACCCGUGUUCCAGAAAGCGCAACAAUUGAAGCGACCAUUAGACUUGAAUACUUGGAUCCAACUCUAUCACGAUAUGUCUUCGCAGCAGAAGGUAACGCUGGCGAAGAACACUGUGAAGAAGAAGUUUGUGUCGGCCUCGAGGCCAAAGCUGAAGGAGGAAGUCAGGGCCCACGUUGAGAAGUCGAACAAUCUGCUGACUGCUGCUUCUCAGAAGGAAGUUUCCGAAAAGGCCCUCGAGGUGACAUUGAGCAGUUUAUUGAGAAAGAUUUUGGGGAAGCAGAAGGAUUACGAGCUGGACUUUGAAGAGAAUGAUGAAGCGAAAGACGAUUACGAGACACCGCCAAAUACCGACACUGAUCAUGUUUUCGACAUUGAGGGCGAGUCUGAGGGGGAGAGCGAGUCUGAAUGGGAGAGCGAGUGUGACGAGAACGAAACUGAGGAGGAGAUCGAGUACGGAAGCUACCUGAGAAAGAAGCCACACAGGAGCGAAAACACAACGUCCCCGGGUAAUGUGACCGAUUCUAUUCAAGUGAACUUGAAAAAUGCCACGACUGCGCUGGAUGUCUUCCAACCGAGUUACAACCACUCCCCAGGGCUCUCGAACCUUUCAAACGACUCGGGUCGCUCGAAUUCCAGUAAUACCAACGUAGAGGAGUAUGGAAAAGAGGUCAAUGGCGCUACAAGACUCUACAAUGCAAACUUUGCAAGCUCUGUUCUAGCAGCAUUGUUGAUCGCGCUUAUAUAG